AUGGCAAACACGGAAGAAAAUGAUGACACUAAAGGUUGGAGCGUGGUAUACAAAAUAGGUCAGAUGAAGAACCAAAUUUGUUGUUUUCACCUGGGGGCAAGUCGUGAAUUCAAUCGUGUUAAGAACAUCACUUUUUCGUUAAGUGAUAAUUCCGCAAAUAAUCAAAUUCAAUUGCACUUGGGUAUCACAAGGGUUGGACGUGAUCGUCUUCGUGGAGGGAUAGGAGCUUCUGUUUCUUCUGGUGGCGGGAACCUUAGCAGUCCAAUGUCCUUUAAAAGGGACAUGGAAGAUCUCUCAAUAGAGACAACUAUUGCACCGUACGGUUGUUCAGACAGAGAAGGUCUUGUUGUGCUGGAAAAGAAGAAAUUGUUAUACUCUCGGGAUGCUUACAUGGUGAAUGUGGCGCACUAUUAUCUCACCGGAGAGGUCGGUGUUUCUGUUGCAGCCAAAGUUCGUCGCAAUAAAGGCCACGGUUUUGUUGUUGAAGUGGAGGGUCCUUUCGUACACCCAAGUGCUGAUCUGCGCAAGGUUAUUGAACAAACCUGUCGCAGCGGUGUAUGGUCGCCUGGUGCGUGUUCUCAUUGCAAUAAUGGAGCCAGUUCUAGCACCGUCUCAUCCUUGACUGACAAGAAAUUAAGUGAAAUUCUCAAACGUCUUUCUUCCUCCGGAAAUGCGAGUGACCAAGUCUACACAGGCCUUGUCAAUGCCAGUGGCUACACUAAUGUUCUAGUGUUAGUGUCAUUUGUCUCCGAUGAUGGUGAGGAUUGGUCAGAACUUCGAUUGAGAUCCACCAUCUUCAAUUUCAGCAACACGACUCCUCCCGGUGCCCAGCCAGUCUUCGAUUCAGAUCCCACCGUCCCCGCCGGUCUUCGGCUGAGGGCCAUCGUCUUCAAUUUCAGCAACACGACCCCUCGCGGUGCCCAGCCAGUCUUCGAUUGA